AUGGAGCCAAAAAUGUGCGCCGGCUCGCCGCACGCCGUCGCGCCGCCGGUGUUCUCGACGACGGUCUCCUCCCACGAGAGAAAUAUAAAAAUAAACAAAGCUGAAACUAUUGGGCUGAGCCUUUCUCUAGAAAAGUCGGAUUCCAAUUCGAUCCAGCCCAAGAAGCCGGACCAGGCCCACACGGCCCGGUCUUUCAGCCACUUCCUCCUCCUCUCCCCCGACCACCCAGCGCCAAACCCCGCGCGCGCGCAGCGCAGAGCCCCAGGUCGCCAAACCCUAAGCAGCCUUCGUCUCGACGUCUCCCCGCGCUCGCCCGUCGCGCGCCAGGUGAGGUUCCUCGACGGGGCUCGCCAAGGGGAGCCAGCUACUAUGCGCACGCGUUCUCAAGAAAAAGCUGCGAUGAGCUCGGAUCCGGGAGGAGGCGGCGGCCUUGGCGGAGUGAAGCGGGAGGGGCAGCCCGCGCCGAUGGGUGCUGUGGAGGCGGCCGCGGGGGAGAACUUGGUGGGGAAUUCCGGUCCGAAGGUGGAUGGUGAUGCGCUGAUGGUGGACGGAGCUGCGGAGGAGGUGGCCGCUGCGGAAACCGGAGAGAAGGUGGCGGGGGAUGCGGCGAUGACGGAUGCCGUUGCGGAUGGGGGUCUUACAGUGGUGAGUGAUUUGCUGUACGAGACGGAGUCGGCGGGUAUGGUUGACGCGGAAGGAGAAGGCUCUUGUGAGAACGUGCUAGUGCCGAAUAGUGGAGGUGGGAGGGAGGGGACGUUGGGAGUGGAAGCUGGUGGCUUGCAGAGUGAGGAUGAGGCCACAGCUAAGAUUGUGGAACUGUCUGGUUACUCCGCACCUCGGCAUGCUGAAGCCGAACCCAACAAAAGUGAUCGGUUUGCCAGAUACUGCCUUCCUAGUCUUGAUAAUCGUGAUGUUCAAGUUUCUGAUCUUGUCUGGAGAAAAUUAGAAGGUUAUCCUUGGUGGCCUGGUGAAAUUUUCGAUCCUUCAGAUGCAUCUGAGCUGGCAUUGAAGCAUCAGAUAAAGGGAAAUCACCUGGUAGCAUAUUUUGGUGACGGCACAUUUGCAUGGAGUGAUGAAUCCCAAUUGAUGCCUUUCAUGACAAACUAUGCGCACAUGGAGAAACAAAGCAGUUCUGAUGAGUUUGUUAAUGCAGUUAACCAUGCACUCGAAGAAUUCUCUAGGCGGGUAUUGUCAGGGAUGAGCUGUUCGUGUUUACCAGAAGAGCUUUCUGACAGUGGAAUGUCUUAUUUGGUUGAGAAUCAUGGGCUCAGGGAGGGAGUUACUUGCUCAACAGCUAACCGGGCUGAGGUCUUGAAAUAUUUCCGUCCGGAAAACCUUCUUCAUUAUGUUAAGUCACUGGCUUUGUCCCCUGGCCAAGGAGGUGAUUUGCUUCAAUUAGUGAUAGCUUGCUCUCAGCUUACAUCUUUUUAUCGGUCUAAGGGCUGCCCUGAACUUGCUUCAUUCCAAACUUCUGGUGGAUGGGCUGAUAAUGCCAUGGACUCUUCUUCCACCAAGAAUGUAACUCUAGGGGAAGAUGUCACCAAUGUAGUGCAUCCUAAUCAUGAUAAGCCCAAAAAAGGCAGGGGGAGACCUCGUAAACGGAAGCCUGAGGAUGUCAUUGAGUUGAGGGAGAAAAAUACAUCCAAUCUGAACAACUCUGCCACUUACGAUGAUUUUGAUGACUCAAAGCACAGGAAAAUAAGAAAUCUUGACUCUUUUGAAGAUUCGGAGACCAAGCUGCAUAGUUCUUUCAAGAUAGGGGAGUGCAUACGGCGAGCUGCAAGCCAGCUGACAGGACCUUCAUCAAUUGCGAAGCCUCAGGAUGAACCAACAGAGGAUGGAGAAUUUGAUAGCUCUGGUGAUGACACUGAUGAUGAACUCACUAUGUUAAAGCGAGCAAAAUGGAGACGCAUGCAUAAAAACCACAGUACAGAACCUAAGGAAUUAUUGCCACAGCUCUGCUCGGUUGCCAUAGAGCCAAUGAGCGGAAAUAGUUUCUCCACGACGAUUAUUAGUUACUUCAGUGAUUACAGGAACUAUGUUGUCACAUCUUCUACUGAAGCGAGCAUCAUUGGAGAAGUUAAACCAAAAAGGGGUAGAAAGAGGACAAAUGUGCAUUAUCCUGAGGUAGAGAUGACUGAUCACAUGCAGGAUUCCUACUGGUCUGAAUUGAGUUUACAUAAUGACCCAACUCAUAGCCUCAAAAGAGCAAGUACCAGCAUGAGGCCUAGGCGUAAGCGGAGAUCAUCACAAGACAGAUAUGUGCCUUUGUCACAGCAUGUGCAGCUUGCAACAUUGGCUCCUAAGAAACAUAUACAGGUGAUGGAAAGACCAAUUAUCCAUGUUGAUGCAAAGAUGGCUGAUGAGUUGAAGCCCACUGCACUUGUUUUGAGCUUUGGCAGGUCAGCUGCUCUUCCUUCAGAAAUGGAUCUCAUUAAGAUGUUCAGUCGUCAUGGACCACUAAAAGAAACCGAGACUGAAGUGCACAAGGACACAAGUACUGUUAAAGUUGUCUUCAAGAAGCGUGCCGAUGCUGAAAGGGCUUUCAGUGCUGCUGGCAAGUAUGGCACAUUUGGACCUUCGCUUAGAAGCUACCGUCUUGUGAAUAUGCCAUUUUCUCUAAGCCUGUUAGAAGCAAAUAAUCCUGUGACACACCCUGAAGCGAAUCUGAGUGUAGUGACUAGCACCAUUAGUGUUAGCUAACAAGAACAUCGACUUUCAUUGCCCUUUUCCUUUUGUACAAACUUCAUCUAGAUCAAUUUGUCUAGAAUACACAAAUGCCAGUUUAUUCUCAACAACUUUCUUUGGGCAGGACCAGUCACUGCAGUAAGAUAUCAAAUCACUUAUCGGAAGAAUGUUUGUUCCUACGUUUCAGGGUCAGGUCUGGUACUUUGGUGCAAGGAUCUGUUUGUAAAGAUUCUCCUAUUAAAUGUCAUUGGUGAUGCGACCAUGUUUACUAGUA